UAAAGAUCUAGCGAAACAACGUCGAUUAAAAAAAAAGGAAAAGUGAAAUUAUCAGAAGCAAAAACAUUCAACAGUCUAUCCUGGGACUAGUCCCAGGUCUAUCAGAUAUUAUUUUAUGGGAAAACGUGAAGGUACAAAAAGCAUUACAUUGAUCAAUAAUGAUUUAUUGAAAUGAUCAGCUAUUAGCCAGUCAGCUAGGAUACUUGUCAACCUUAUAACAAUAGACUUAUUUAAACUUUUAUGUUUGAAUACAUAUGAAGUGCAAUAAUGUAUGAAAAGGAAGCAGGGCUAGACGUACAUGAAGAUGAUACCGAAUGGACAAAUCCUUUCUUUGAACAUGAUGACAUGCAUAGUAAUCAUUUUGAGCAACCACAAAGUAAGAAGAAGAGAAGUAGUACAUGUAAUGCAGUCUUAACAGAAAGAAAUGUGUACAUAUCUAAGUUGAAGCACACAAGAACUAUCAUACACAUAGAUAUUGACUGUUUCUAUGCACAAGUUGAAAUGAUUAGAAAUACUAAACUUAGAGACAAACCAUUAGGCAUACAACAGAAGUACAUAGUUGUUACCUGUAACUACAAGGCAAGGGAAUUUGGUGUUACUAAAUUAAUGACUUUAAAAGAUGCAAAGGAGAAAUGUCCACAACUAGUGUUAGUGAAUGGAGAGGAUCUUACACAUUAUAGAGAAAUGUCUUAUAAGAUAUCAGAAUUUUUGCAGAAAUACACACCAAAUGUUGAAAGACUUGGAUUUGAUGAAAAUUAUCUGAACGUAUCUGAAAUGGUUGAACAAAGAAUUAAUUCUAGGUGUCAAGGAACAGAGGUGAAAGGUCAUACAUAUUGUUCAAAUGAAGAGGAAGACACAACUAUAGAUACUGUACAGUGUGACUGUGGUUGUCAAGAAAGAUUGAUUGUUGGUUCAGAGAUUGCUAAUGAUAUUCGUAGUGCCUUGUUUGCUGAGUUAGGAGUCACAUGUUGUGCUGGAAUAUCCUACAAUAAACUAUUGUCAAAACUUGUAGGAGAACAACACAAACCUAACCAGCAGACAACACUCUUUCCACAUCAGACACAAACUUUUAUGUCUUCCAUGAAGAAAGCAAGUAAAAUUCCUGGUAUAGGAUCAACAACAUCAAAGAAAUUAGCCAGGCUUGGUAUUGUUAGUGUAUUAAAUCUUCAAGAGAUACCAAUGGCAGACUUAAUACCAGAGAUAGGAGAAUCUCAGGCUUUUACAAACAAACAAUUGAGUUAUGGCAUAGAUGACAGCCCUGUUGUAUCUUAUGGUAGACCACAGACAAUUAGUGAUGAAGAUUCCUUUAAGAAUUGCAGAACAGUACCAGAAGUAAGAUCCAAAGCUUUACAUCUACUACAAAGCUUAUUACAGAGGCUUAAAGAAGAUGGUAGAAUUGUACAGACUAUUAGACUGAGUAUACGAAAACUGACUACUGAUAACCAAUGGACCAAUAGAGAAAGUCGUCAAUGUCCUGUACCUCAUCAUAUAGCCACAAAAAUUAUUCAAGGAAAGACAGAUUUAAUUUUUCCUGAGUUAGAGAAGCUAGUGCUGGCAUUGUUUAUGAAACUUGUUGACACAAACACUCCAUUUCACCUUACAUUGAUGAAUAUUGCUUUCUGUAAUUUGGCAGACAAACCCAAAAAUUCAAUUCAGAAUUUUCUUUCACCAAAUAAGUCAGAGACAUUAAGUAGAAACAAAAUUGAGAAGCAAACAGUAGAAAAUGGUUUAAUUGAUUCAGAGAAUAUAAACAAAUCAAAAAAAGGAAUUUUAAGUUUCUUUAAAGCAGCUCAGGACAAGGACAAAACAAAAGAAGCUAAAAGAAGUGAAUUUGAAAUUCAAUCUGGACAUGAGAGAAAAAGAAAAAAUGAAGGCAGUGUUUCUGAAAACUCAGUGAAGAAAGUGAAAUGUGACAAUGAAGUCUUGACAAUAGAGCCAAGUACUUCUUUCAGUGUAGAUUCAAACUGUAUGCAGGAUGUAGAUCAAUAUGUGUUAAGUCAGCUCCCACCAGAUAUCCAGAAAGAAAUAUUUGAAAGUUCAAAAAAUUAUUAUUCCUGUAAUUCCAAAAACAAUACAGUUAUGGAAAAUAUAAGGAACCCGUGUGAAUCAGAAGACGAUGAAUUGAAAAAGAAACUUAUGACUGCUGGAAUAGAUGUUAAUGAUUUUCUGUCAUUUCCGCCUGAAGUUCAGAAAGAUAUAAUGGAACAGUACAAACUGUGUGCUAAAGCAAAAACACCUUCCCCGACAAUGCAUUACAAAAGAUCAAUACUCACAUAUUUUACUUCAAAAAAAUAAAUCUCCAAAAUAACAACAUCUUGUAUCCUGCCUUAUUCCUAAGUUGUUAAUUAUUAAUAAGAAAAGUUAUAAGGUAUUUCUUCUUCACAACAUAUAAGGGUUCUUAUGCAUUUAAAUUGGUUUUCAUUUAAACUUGUAAAUAUAAUCUACCCUAGGAGAGAAUUUUGAUAUGUUAUAAUUGGUUCAAUGUCUAACAGAGGAUCCAGUAUGUCUACAUAUAAAUUACUAACUGUCUGAAACAAAAUGGAAUAUAUGAAUAGAUAUUUUUCCAUUGAUGUUAUUAGAAUUAGAGUUAUUUCCCUUUGUUAUCUAUACAUUCCUUCAUAAAUUAAUCAAAUUUUAUACUGUCCUCUAGACUUGAGAAAAAAAUGUUUUUUGAAUAUUUUCAUUCACUUAAGCCUUGUGUAAUUCAUCACUGCAAUCUAGUUAAUCUUUUAUCAGAUCUGCUUGAAUCACAUGGUUGAAUUUGGUUAAUCAAAUAAUCUCUCUCCAACAUGGCAGACAAGGGAAAUAACUCCAACUUAAAUUAUGUCAGUGGAAAACUAUAUUUCCCUCUAGGUCAGUGUUAUGUACAAUAAAAUCAAAGAUUAUGUGA